AUGGAUUUAAAUAUAAAUACUCAAGGAGAACAUAUUAAUAUAUUCAAAAGAAAUAGAAGAGGAAGAGGAAGAGGUGAUGGUGAUGAUGCAACGGAUGAUGCGGAGAUAAAAGAGUUUUGGAGAGAGGAUAGAGUAAAUUUGACACUUGCAGCUAGUUUGCCACAUACUACACAAGCAUUGAUCGUCUAUUACUCGAAUGAUAUCAAAUUGGAUCUAGUGUGUUGGAGAUUCUUUAGAUAUGUGUCGCAAUGGUGUACACAUGUGUAUCGACCAUAUUGCUCUCUAUCACCCGACUCUGAUACCUGUCUCGACGUGUUUGAUCAUCUGAUCAGUCCGUACUGUCCACUCAAGACAAUCACCCAUGUUGGUAUAUCAACCGAAAACUUCUUUCUCAACCCGAUACUAGAGUAUGCAACAGACAUUGAUCAAAAAUACAACAAGGAAACAGAAACAACAUUCAAACCUUGUGAUUGUUUGGACAUUGAUACAACAACAACUACAUAUGAUGUACAUCAAAAGAUUCAAACACUCAACAACUACCAUACAAUAGCAAAUAAUGUAUUAGAAUCUAUAGAGUAUUUGGCAGGUGUUGCAACAUCAUACCAUGAAGAUGAUGAAGACUAUAUCGUGAUCAUGUUACAUUUACCAAAUUUACGAUCAUUUAUCUAUAAUGCAUUGGACAAUGAAUUUGAAGAUAAAACAUUGACUUUUCUCUCCAAUAACAACAACACAGAUGAUGAUGAUGACAGUCCAGAUGAUGAUGAUGAUGAAGAUAAAGAUGAAGAUAGAGGGAUACCAGUAUCAUUGGAAGAGAUUUGUUUGUAUGGUAGUUGUGAUGAAUUAUUUAUAAAAGAUUGGUGUCCCAAGAUUAUCAAAAGACAUGAACAAACCAUUCAACAUUUCUCUUGUUUUAUGGAUUAUUUUGACAAUGAAGAAAAGUUUGCAUCUAUUUGGAAACCAUUUCUUGAAACCAUUAGAUCAUUCAAUCUACCAAAUGCUCAAGACAUGGUCUACAAAUUUCACCGUGGUCCUGAAACAUCAUUGAUGAAUGAAGAGUUUGUACCAAACAAACACUUUUAUAACAAAAAGGAAGCAUCCAAUUAUUCAUCAAGUCCAAGUCCAAUAUUCUCUUUAUAUGUUAUUGGUUACCCAAAAACAACUGGAAUUCCAUUUGAAUAA